CGCGGCCGGCCGACGGACAGAGGUCGGGAGGGUGGGGGCAGGCCUGAGGCCAGAGGGAGGCCCCGGCGGCCGGCGGUGACCGGCGGCCAGCGGCUGGCCAAGGCUCUUGCUCGGUGGCGUUUCUGUAGGAUGGCGCCGCAGGUCACCCACGGCUCUGGUUGUCUGGGCGGCCAUCGUCAGACGGGGCGGGGUGGCCGGCCUCCAGGCCAUGCACGCGGCUGCAGGGAGCCCUGGAGAGGUGCUCCCGGCGCCUGUCUCUGGACUUCCAGGCUGUCUGAGCGAACUGAUCGGCCCCAGGUCACUCCCGGGCGGGGGGGGGGGGUGUCACAGCUCUAAGGGAGGUGGGCAGAGGUGACCCCCGUGGGUCAGCUCCAUCCAGAACCAUCCAGAAUGUGCCAGCCCCCAGACAGCAGCCAGAGCAGGCAGGGCGGGCGCCUGGGGGCACCCGGGGUUGGCAACACCGAGGGACGCCGGCCCAUGUCUGGCUGCAGAGGUGGUGGCCGGCGGGGGGGACUGUUGGAGGGAGACCACGAGGGGUUGGCCAGCCGUGGAGGGGCAGCUCUUUCCCUAAGGGUCUCCAGGGGCCCACAGCACGGGAGGCAGCCUGUGUGCACCUGGGGCCCCCGCAUGGCAGGAGCAGCCCUCGCUGGCUCCCGUGCGUGGGUCAGCCUCCAGGGUGCUCAGGGAGCGAGGGGCUCAGUUCACGCCGACUCACAACCCCCAGCGGGCGCCACCAGGUGCUGCUGAGUCAGCAAGACCUCCCCCACCCCACCCCGGGCCACCCCAGGGCAGCAGCACCAAGGCCUGGUGUACAUCCAGCUGGGGGCUCACUGUCUUGUGGCUCUGACAAGUGGUCGGAGGAGCCCGGGCCUCUGAGAUGGGCUGGACGCCUGGACACAGAAGGACCGGGCAGGGAUGAGGCCAGAGGCCCAGCACCAGGCUGCCCACGGGGCAGAGCGUUUGGGGGGUGGUUCAGAGAGGGCAGGCAGAGCCUGCCUGUGUCCUGGGGUGGUCUGAGGGCCUGCCUCCCUCCAUCACCCCAGGAACGGGCUCGGGGCACUGGCCAGCUCCAGCCCAGGGAGUGAUGGGCAGGUCAGCGCUGAGAGACACGGGGCAGAGCAGAGCUGGGCACGGCAGGGUGACCCCUCCCCCACCCAGUGCUGACCCCCUGCCCGCUGCGCGGCUCUGUGACGCCAGGAGAUCCUGGCGCUCAGCUCGCCCACCCCGCGCUGCGCCGAGUCCUCAGGUCCGGGCCCAGGGUGGGACACAGCCCGGGAAGGCCAGCGGCCCCCGUGAGUGUCGGGAGCUGCUGUGCAGUGGCCACUGCCGGAUGGCGGGGUGGCUGCUUCAGCUCUGCAAACCGGAGUCCACAACCGGGGGGCCCGCGGGGAGGGGACCGGGUCCUGGCCUCCUCACGGGGUCUCCGAGUCCAGGUUUCCUUUUCUUGUAGUCAUGGUGGACGGAGGGCCAAGCCUAACCGUGCUACUUUGGCGACGCCUGCUUUCCCAGGUCGCCGGGGGACACAAUUGGGCAGACAGACGCUGCUUGGUCCACAGCUCUCCGAAGCCUGGUCCCUGCCUGCCCUUCCCUGGGGGGUGGGUGCCCAGAGUCCCCCACCGGGAGGGUCAGUCGGCUGACUGCUCUGGGCCAGGGCACCCACGAGACUCUGGACAAGGGCUGGGUUCACAGCGGGGGAAGGGCCAGCACCCCAGCCCCGCAGGACAGCCCCACGGGGCUAAGGGGUGGAGAGGCAGGCUGGGGAGGGGCCUGGGGCGAGCAGGAUCCGCUGCAGGGCUGUGGGCCGCGACGGCAUUGGCCCAGGGUGUGGACAGCCGUGAAUGCUGGGGGGUGGCGCGGCUCCGGAUGCCCAGCAGACGGCCUGGGACGGAAGCGGGGCCGGACUGCUUCCCGAGGUGCCCCUGGCUGCUGGGCCCCUGGGGCCGGGAGCUGCGGGCUGCACUGGGCUUCAGCAGGCGGCCCGCCAAGCGCCGGCAGGUCCCGGCCACGACCUGCCCCACUGAAACCCGAGGGAGCCCCAGGCCGCCGUGGCGUGCCCCCGCUCUGCACCCCAGGUGGGGGCCCAAACGCUUGCUCUCCUGCAACGUCUCCCAGGCAACAUCACACACAGCCUGUCUGCCUGGCACUCCCGCACCCCGUAAAUGCCACGGUGCCUGGCUCCAGGCAGCUUUGCCUGCUGGCACGCGCCGGCCAGCAGGUGUGGGGAGCACAGCCCGCUGCCUGGUAGCUCGCCUAGCCUCUAGCUGUGUCCAGCCAGUGGGCACCGCUAGGGCACCUCUGCCAUCUGACGCGUCCAGUGCCCGGCGUGCCCACCCGCUCUACCCCAGUGGACACAUGUGCUGCUACUUCCUAGACUGCGCUGGCCCCGGGCCUGCUCUGCUCACUGCCGUGUCUUGACGGAGUUUCUAGGGUGCCCCGAAGGCUGAACCAACCCCAAGAAAUCAAGGAGGGUGUGGGGGAGCCAAGUGGGCCGGGGUGCGGCUGGGAAGCUGACCUGGGCUGGUGCUGACCAGCCCUGCGCUGGAGUGGAGGCGCGUGGGGAGCCCCGGCUGUGACCCCGGGGGCCAGCGCUGCAGAAGCCAGAGCGGGGAGCCCAUCCAGUCCACCUGGAGGGUGCUCCUUGCUGGGGGACCUGCUGGCCAGCCCAUCUCACCCCCUUUCUGGAACUGGCUCCUUGGAGAAAGGCCUGGCUCGUCCUGCCCGAAUGCAUCACGUGAUCACGUUCAAAGCCAAGACGAGGAGGGGGAGGCUCCAGCCCAGCCAGGCUGCAGCUCGUGUCUGUCCCAGCCAGAAACUAACUCCCCGGAAGGCUCAGUCCCUUCUCAGAAGCGGUAGGCCCCCGGCACCCGCAGCGCCAGCAUCCCGCGUGGGCACCAGUUCAAGUCCCCGCUGCUCCACUUCCCAUCCAGCCCCGUGCUAAUGCAUCUGGGAAAGCAGCAGAAGACUCCAGGGUUUGGGCCGCUGCACCCGCAUGGGCGACCUGGAUGGCGCUCCGGGCUGCUGGCUUCACCCGGGCCCAGCCCUGGCCGCUUUGGUUCCGGGAGUGAACCAGCAGAUGGAGGAUCUCUCCGUCUCCCCCUCCUCUGUAACUCCGCCUUUCAGAUGAGUAAGGGAAUCUGGGGGGGGGGGGUGAAAGCCUCCUACCCAGUUCAGCUCUGGAGCCCCCGUCACCACGCCUCGUGCUGACGGCGCAGGGAGGGCUUGUGGGGGGCUCUUCGCGCGUUGCUCCCUCCAGAGGGUCUCGGAGGGGCUGGUCCCCGUGCAGGCCGGGCGGGCAGGCGGCUGUCAGGGGGUCCUUCCCGGGGCGGGUGGCGAUUCCUGACA